CCAUUCGGUGCUCUCUAUAAGAUCCUGCCUUUCACCACCACCAUCUGCCUUAACGAGGCCAAAACUGAACGGACACUGGAAGACCUAAUAUUACGUAAUUCGUGGGCUGUGAUUGCGGAGAUGCUGCAACGCCCCCUCAACUCUAUCGCACCUCACUGCCCCCCCCCGUCUCGCGUCCAGCGGACGUGCGUUCACUUUUUAUUGGCCGGGCAGUUUUUGAGAGUCCCAUUGGCCAACUUCUCGUCUGAUGCCCAAAUGAAAAAUUCGGAGAACAAGGAGAAGACUCUCCAGUACUCUAUUCAAACUCUUCUGCAACCAACGCCUGUCGACGACUUAGGUCUAUCCACCUACUACCUUUUCGGGGAGCCGCUGGUGUGUCUAGUGCUUAACGGCGAGGAGCGUCUCUGUCUGGCCCAGAUAUCCAACAGGCUGCUGCGCGACUACUCAUACAACGAGAUUCACAACCGCCGUGUGGCCCUGGGCAUCACCUGUGUCCAGUGCACCCCUCGACAACUUGAAGUACUUCGACGCGUAGGCGCAAUGCCGCUGUCUUCGCGAAGGUGCGGAACCAUUACUAAAAGAGAGGCCCAGCGUUUGGUGGAGUCCUUUCUCCAGCAGCUGCCUCCUCCGCAACUGCCGGAGAACUUCGUCUUCGAGGUUGUGCAUCACUGCGGAUGGGGCUGCACCGGCUACUUCCUCCCGACUAGAUACAACAGCUCACGGGCAAAGUGCGUCCAGUGUUCCGUCUGUCAUACAUUCUUCUCCCCAAACAAGUUCAUUUUUCACUGCCACAGUGCUACUGAAACCGGAUCGCAGCAGCAGAUUUCCAAAUAUCGUCAUCCUGAUGCGGCGAAUUUCAACGCCUGGCGACGACACCUUUUCUUGGCGGACCCUAACCCCCCAGAGAAUGUCCUUUUUGCGUGGGAAGACAUAAAAGCUGUUUUCAAUGGGGGCAACCGCAACAAAAAAGUUUGUGCCCCUCCUCCACCAACCCUCAAUUUCACAGACGAGUCCAUAAUGCUCUCAAAUCGCAGAGGUCCAGGAGGAGUAGACAAACCCCCUUCACGCUUGAAUGAUGCUCACCUCAUGAACUAUCGGCAAGUACUCACAACGUUGAUUAACGAAAAGGUAACAAAAGAUGAGACGAAUCUUUGGUUUGAAAGCAUCGCCACUGAGGUCGCAUUAGCAUUGUAUUCUCAGUGUGGGGGAGUGUCCUCAUGGACCUCUAGCCUGAAGGAGUACUUGGAAAGGGUGAUGCAGGGGAUAUUUCUGCCGCCGCCACCACCGCCGCCGCCACCACCUCAGCCACUGCUUCCUCCAUCACCACCAGCCAAGUCUGACGUUGACGUAGACUUGGACGCAAAAGACGACAAGUCCGAGUCCAGUUCGGGGAGCAGAACGUCAGUUUCAACUAGUGGUGUUUCAUCCCUUUUACCCCGUAACUGCAAGAUUGAACCACUUUUCGGUGUGGAAAAGUCAGUGAGACCUCCAUUGUUGGGUUACAAGAGCGGAUACACCAGUCAACAAAGUGGCUCAAGUACUCGGGAAUUCAACAAUGUAGAACUAUGGUCUGAUACCGACAGGAUUAAAAGGCCAUCUUCCUGUCUAAACGAGUCUGCGUCGAAGAGAAUGCGCACAGAAAGUACGCAGUCUGGCCUGUCACACGCCUUCUCUUCUCCGUUUUAUCGUGGGAGGGUUUCCUAUGGAGGGGCUUCAAGCAUGCGGUCGUUAUCGAAAUCGCAAAGUGUGUUUGAGCACGUGACCCCUCUAAGAUUUAUCAUGGAGGCUCCUGAAGAAAAAAUUUCAUCAAAGAACCAGCAGUUUUCGUCCAACACCAUGCUUAGUGCUACUGCUCAACUUAUCCUCCAGAACCUUGAACGUCACGAUUUCCCCUUAACUUCAAGCGUUAGUGUUCCAUUUCCACGAUCCGUUCCUGCCACUCCUCUUUCCAAACCUUUACAGCGAAGUACUAUUCGCUAUCCUGCAUACAUGGCCGCUUACAAGCGUUACAAAGAAAAUCGGCUACAACGGACCGCCUCUCAGGCGCUGACUUCUCCAGCUCCGCAUCAGUCAUCACUAGCUUAUAAUCAAACCAGCGAGCUACACUUUGGCGGUGGUGUUGUGAGUCGACAAAUGUACACAGUCGCUAGUUCAAAGCCACUGGCUACAAUGUCUACUUCCGCAGUCACUGGUGCGCAACCGACCACUGCAGCUGUUUUACCAAGCACACAAACAGCGUUAAAUUCAUUGGCUGCGGAUACUCUUCCAAGGCUUAACUUCCCGAACUGUGGGUUAGGAAAUCCUGCAGGAAAACCUCACUCUCCUACCACAGCUAACCCACAGACGUCGAAAGUGUCUGCUAGUGUUCCUGUUCGUGUCGAAAAGUCCACUUCCGCGAUCAAGACUGAGGCGCUAUCAACAUUUACUUUUUCUAAUCCGAUUAGUCUUGAUCCACCAGAGAGACCCAUUGUCACACUCCCGGUUCUUCCUCACUUCAGCUUUAGUUAUCCGCAACCACGGCCGAAGCGACCUGCUCCUGUUUUGGAUUCAUCUUUCCUUCCUACUCUUCUCUCACCUCAGCAGCCAACUGAGGAAAUACACUCGUUCACUCCAAAACGAGCUGCAAUUCCACCCGAUGUGAAUUUGUGGCGUUGCGAAAGCUGCUUGACUGAGAAUUCCGAUAAGGAUAGCAUGUGUAAAUCUUGUCGUCUUCCCAAUUCCUCUCCAAGGCCUCCACAAUUAACCACUAUGACCACCGCAGAAACUCUCAAGCCUCUCCCAAACAUUGCUCCAGGCUCAUGGGAGUGCCCGACGUGCAUGGUGAAGAACAAGUCGGAGGCUUCCAAAUGUGUUUGCUGCCAGACGGCGAAUCCCUCCGACAACAGGGAUAAAACUGCAUCUCUAACAAAAGUUGUUAGUGCUCCAACGUUUAACUUCGGUCCUCCAAAAACAAUCGCAUCUUCCAAUGAAAGCUUUACUUUUGGUUCGCUUGUAACUUCGUCCAAACCCUGCAGCUCUGUUGCCACGACAACAUUUUCUGGCUCGAGUAUGUUCAAGUUUGGUGACUCUAUGACCACGACGUCCUCAACAUCGGACAAAAAAUGGGAGUGUCCUACGUGCUUGGUUAAAAAUGAUGCGACUAUGGGGUCCUGUCCGUGUUGCAAUACUUCAAACCCACACUCUAAGACCCAUUCAACAGGAAAUACCCCUCCGUUUGGUGUCCCAUUUUCGGGAUCGAGUGAAUCUACUGCGGUCAGGACUUCCACAUUCAUCUGUUCAACAGACAAUGCCACAACCGCCGCUACCAUUACAACUGCCCAAUCUAACUUUACACUUGGUAAUUCUACGGUUGAGAACACAACGCCUACCACUGGGUUUAAAUUUGGUGGGAUAUCGAACACAAAGUGGAGGUGCUCUUCGUGUCUAGUUGAGAAUAGUGAUUCGGCUGCAUCCUGUGUGUGCUGUCAAGCAAAAAGGCAACCACCGAAUUCGAAUCCUACAGUUGACUCUUCAAAAUUGGUUGAUAGCAAAUGGGACUGCCCCAGUUGUAUGGCUCAAAAUGCCAAUUUUGCUGUUGAAUGUUCCCGUUGUCAAACGAAAAGAUCUUCGGGAGACGUGAAACACCUCCCAACUGACAAAUGGGAAUGUCCUACUUGCCUCGUAAGAAAUAGUCCUUCCGCCGUAAACUGCGUCUGUUGUACAACCUCGAAGCCAGAGUCGGUUAUUACUGUCCCUGAGCCUGCGAAAUCCACCGCAACUGCAUCAAUAAACACGCCUCCUUUAUCCACCGACUCUCCUCCUGUUAUUAUUUCAGCAGUAAAGUCGUCUUUCAAGUUUGGAGCUCAGAAUGCCAAAAUAAAUUCGCCCUCCUUAUUUAGUUUGGGGUCUGUGGGGGCUAAUACCACUACUCCUUUUCCAAAAAGUGCCACGGUUCCCUCCUUCUCUUUUACAAAUUCCCGAGAUGUGCCCACCACGUCUACAUCUUCAAAGGGGUUCACACUAGGUCUGAAGCCGGCUACUUUCGCACCACCAAUUGAACCAUCGACCUGUAUGAAAAACGGUAGCUUUCAGUUUGGUUCCCCAGCUGAGACUACCACGUCGAACUUCGGCUCUACAAAGGAGAAUGUGACACCAACAACGACCACGAGUAAGAUUAGCUCGCAGUCGGGUGCAUUUAGCUUUCAGCCCCCUUCCUCAGCCGCCCCCUCAUCCGUUUUCAAAUUCGGAGAGCUGGCGCAUACGCGUGAAACCGGCAGUGGAUUGUUUGUUUUCUCCUCUCCAUCGUCUGGAAGCACCGCAGAUUCCGUAUUUCCUGUGGCUAGGUAA